AUGGAUAUAGACGAAAAAGUUUCGGGGCCUGGAGGGGCCUCGCAAAAAAACUGGACUCAUUGGAAUAUUACUAUUAAUGAUGAAUUACCUUUAGAAAUGCGUUUUAACCAUGGACACAUGGUGUCUAUUACAGUGUAUAGUGUGUUAAUGAUGGUGUCGGCUGCUGGAAACUUGACAGUGCUGUCACAGUUAGUGAGGAGACGAAGAAUGGGUAGAGCGAGUAGACUCGAUGUACUUUUAAUGCACCUAGCUGUCGCUGAUCUUAUGGUGACAUUCCUGAUGAUGCCGUUGGAGAUAGCUUGGGCGGGGACGGUGCAGUGGCUGGCCGGCGACCUCAUGUGCCGGCUUAUGAUGUUCACGCGGACCUUCGGUCUCUAUCUGUCGAGCUUCGUGCUCAUUUGCAUCGCGAUUGACAGAUACUACGCCAUUCUCAAACCUUUGAAUGUAACCUGGGAGGCGCGGGUGAGACGCGCACUGACGAUUGCUUGGGUCUGUGCCGGGCUUGCCAGUCUACCGCAGAGCUUCAUUUUCCACUUGGAGGAACACCCUGAUAUAAGAGGGUAUUUCCAGUGCGUGUCUUACGGCUCGCUACCGACGGAGCGACACGAGUUCGCAUAUUUCCUGUUGAACAUGGCGCUGAUGUACGUAGCGCCUCUUGUGUCCACACUCUAUUGCUCUUCAGCUGCUUUAUUAGAAAUCAUUCGUAGAGCUAAUACUUCAAAUGACAAAAUGCGCCGCAGCGGGGUGGGCAUCCUCGGGCGUGCGAGGGCGAGGACCCUCAAAAUGACAGUCACUAUUGUUCUAGUCUUCUUCGCGUGCUGGUCGCCAUACUACUGCUACUGUAUGUGGUACUGGAUAGACAAAAAGUCAGUGCAAAGUCUAGACCCAGCUUUCCAGAAAGCGAUGUGGCUGUUCUCGUGUACAAAUUCUUGCGCAAACCCUAUAGUGUAUGGAGCGUUCAACAGAAACCGCUGGACGUGGCGUUCGGGACCCAAUACACGAUGUCAAAACGGCUUGAGAAGAGGUUCACGGUUCCCCCACGGCGAUUCUAUGGAAAUAUCCGCCGCGACUCUAGCCAGAGCGAGGAGUUCCAUACAAAGUGAAAGGUUUAGCCGACGGGACUCUACUUUUAAUCAUAAUGGAUCCCAUAAGAACUUCAACAACAACAACAACAAUAAUAACAUUAACGGGAUCGUU